AGACGGUUGCACCACAUGACGUUUUUAAAAAUAUGAAAAUAACUCGGUAAUUGAAAACAUGUUCAUCACAGAAGAGGUGUAUUCAAGUAAUAGUUUUGUUUGAAUUGCAUUUGUAAUGUAUUUUUUAAUAAUUUAUUAGACGCGGACCAAAAAAAUAAAAUAAAUGACCAUCACGUCACAGGGUCAUUCCAAAAUUCCAAAUUAAACUCUGUGAUGUUUAACACAAUUAAUACAAGUUUUAAUACACAUUAUAUUUUUUUUAUUAAAGAUUACUCUGUUCAAUCAGAUUUAAUUUAGUUAUGAAACUAAAAUGAGUAAAUCGUAUUUUUUUGAGUGUAGGGAUUUUAAAUGUAUAUUUCAAAUGUUUAAACGGUCUUCUGUGUUGGUUAUUAUUGGUCCUGAUGUUGAGGGGUUGGGCUCAAAAGCGCACUGAUCCUUCACACAUCACUUUGUAGAGGAAAGCGCGUGUGGCCAGAUGAGCAGAGCUGCUGUAAGAGGAUUUAAUGCAGCUGGAAAAGAGCCACGAGGAGUAAACAAGCAGAUUAUAUUGUUUUAAUCAAUAAAGAAGUUUUUCUUGCUGCUCACUUUGAGUUUGUGCUGUCGAGGAGCAGUCUCUGAUCUACACUGUGUUUAAGGAUGAUUACUCUACAAACAUGCAUGAGAUCAACUCAACAGUAGAAGGGCACACUGACACCGGACUCUGUCACGAGUGGACCUGAUCUUCACUAAUUAACAAUCUGGACUCAGAACAGACAACGAUGUGCCAGUGUUACUCUGCCCUACUUGUGCUCUGCUUACACAUGGUGACAUGUGGAGCGGAGCUCCGAGCAGCUGUGUCUCCUCUGGGUUUGAGUGAGAGUGAUAAGGAGGAAAUCAUCUCCCCUCACGACUCUCAUUCAGGGAUUCUCAAAUCUCUGCGGCUUUUCUCCCACCCGUCCCAAUCUAACCCUGGUGCACUGGAUCUGUGGGCAUGGUUAUCCAACCACACUGACGCCGAGGGGACCCUCUCAAGGGCCAAACGUCGUCCUUAUGUGAAAACAGGCAAGUUUAAGAAGAUGUUCGGUUGGGGCGACUUCCAUUCCAAUAUCAAAACGGUAAAGCUAAACCUUCUCAUCACUGGGAAAAUUGUCGACCACGGCAAUGGAACCUUCAGCGUCUAUUUCCGGCACAACUCCACCGGCCUGGGCAAUGUGUCCGUCAGCUUGGUCCCGCCCUCCAAGGCUGUCAAUUUUGAGAUCACUGAACAGGAAACGAUUGAGGUAUCCAAAGACAGUAAGGUCUUCAACUGUCGCGUGGAAUAUGAGAAGACUGACCGCAGUAAGAGGACGUCGAUUUGUAGUGACUUCCCGAACAGGGUUUGCCUCCAGGAACAGACCCAGAGCCAUGUGUCCUGGCUUUGCUCCAAGCCCUUUAAGGUCAUCUGCAUCUACAUUGACUUCUUCAGUGCAGACUACAAGUUGGUCCAGAAGGUCUGCCCAGACUACAACUACCACAGUGACACUCCCUACACCUCUGUGGGAUAGCCCUGCCUAUGAUGCAUGUGUUGCGGUACCUGAGGUGUCAUCUCCUUGUUGUUUCUGCCUCUCUAGUCUUGCAAAGGUGCAAAGAACCGGAUAAAUGGAAGCAAGUUCAGAUGAGGAACCAACAUUUUGAUUCCACAUGUCCUGUCGUUCUCUUGGGCCAGUCGAUUGAGGCGAAACUCACACAUCUUCAGUUCCACAGUGACCCCUACCCUUUCUCAGUGGCCCUUGUGAUGUCAUCAGUGUGAAGUUUCAAAUAGGCUGGGAUUCUAAUUUUUUUUAAAUAUCUUGUAUUGCCGUCAUUUGUGAUGCCCCCGUUUUGUGUUUACAGAAACUCAAUGUCAGUCACUAAGAUUAAUGUUGAAGCCAUAAUGUGCUGCUCUGCUGUCUGUUCUUUUCAUAUUUUCUUUCAGUUAUUAAAGAAAAACAUCUCGAGUUAACACAAAUUUUGCUUGACAAGUCCAAUCUCUCUUAAAUGCACCCGAAUACCUCUGGCACUACCAGUGUUUGUUAAAACGCCAUUAUGCCAGUUUAACCCCCAUUGUUUCUUUAGGAUGAAGACAUGGACGACAGACCUGGCUCUCUAAAUUAACACAAUGUUAGUGUCUGUGUAACUUAUGGCUUGAUGUACACGGCUUUUGAAGAUUUGCAGCACGCUGGCUUUGAUCUCAGCUUAAGUCGUCUCCAGAUGUUUCAAGACUGAAAGAAGGGGAAGAUUUGUACCUUAUUCAGAUGAUUCCUGAGGCCUCGCACUAAAGCGACAGAAUAUGGAGAGGUUCCAACAACAUAUUUGUGUCGAUUGAUGCAUGUUUAAUGAAUAUUCUGGUUAAACUCAAUCGACAGCAUUUGUGGCAUAAUAUUGAGUACCAGAAAAAUUUAUUUCAACUUGUUCCUCCUUUUCUUUAAAAAAGCACAAAUCUGUGUUCCAAUGAGACACUUACAAUGCAAGUUCAGUUUACUUAAUUAAAAUAAAGCAACA